CAGACGAAAAAGGAACAUUUUCGCGUCGUCUGCUGCACGUCUAACAGCGUUUGUUUCGCAAAUUUACAACUUUCACAAAAAGUGCUUGUUCCGAGAGACUACAUUCUGUUGGUUUUACACGGUAUAAUGGGUUAUAGUUAUAAAUUUCGCAAACGAAAUUGAAAAGUGUAGAGUAUUUUUAUUAGCGACGUGCUUCCAAAAUUUGGUAAGCUGUAGAAAAAGUGCGUGUCCCGUUUUUGCCUGUAUGUGUUAUAAGAAUCUGUCACUCGUGUACGCUUUGCAUUGCGGAUUCUUAGAUUUUUUCCCUUUCUAAAACUCGGCAGUAUCAUCGAAGGAUCUUCGGAAUGUCGAUGUCAUCGUUGGUUUGUCGUAUCAAGCAAUAUUUGCAAGGUCGUAAGCGAAAAAGCAGCAACGAAUCGGCGGAAGCAUCAACCCAUUUCGCUAAGUAUCGUCGAGUAGCGGAUGACUUCCCUAUACUUAUUUCGACGCCUCUGAGUAAUGAUUUGCAUUCCAAAUCGGAGUCUCUCACGGAUAGAUUGAGGCACACGCAGUAUAGUCACAAAUCAAUGGCGGGAACGGAAAACACCGUUCAACAGAGUGCGUAUUUCGGCGGAAGCGCAGGGAAAACACGUCUAGAGUUUGCCGAUAUUGAAUUCUCUGAUGAUGAAGAUGACUUGGAUUGGAUCAAUCGCCAGCAGAAGAGUCAGCCAGGUAGCAAAGCCCAAGGUGUAGCAAGUACAGUGGCAAACAUGCGUCGUCCACCCCCACUGGCCAAACUGAAACCGUUGGCUGCACCAAUACCUUCGCUUUUCCCGAUCAGAACUCAGAUGGUCAACGGAAAUUCCAGUGACCACCAACGCCAGGAAGUUUUCAAGAGACCGUUUAAAUUUACAGCCCAACCAUCGCAAACACAGCCGACAAAGCGUAAUUCGAUUAUCGCACAGACCUACAAUUUGGACGAGAUGAAUAACUAUCGUGCACUGCUGAAGCGUUUGCUGCCGAAUCUGUAUUCUCCAGAGGAACCGAACAAAAAUGCUACCACUACGCUGAAUGCCAGUCAGGGAGAUGGACACUACCAGCAUCAGAAACUGGUGCCAUCUUCUAGUACGAUACGUUCGAUUCCGGUUAUUGAUCUAUCAAUGGAAGAAAGUGACACGGAAGGAAGGAAAAAACGCACAAGUCUUUUCACUACUAUGGAUCUGUCCCAGUAUAACGUGGCGAAUGAUGAAACAGCUGUCCCAGCACCUACAGUCGAUCCAGUCAAUACAUUACGCGAGAAGCUUCAAACGAACAGUAAGUUUCGCGAAGACAUUGUUGAAAAUGUUCAGCGAAAGUAUAAUAGCAACUCCACCCAAAGGAAAAGUUUAAUCGCACAGGAACGCGAGAACAUUCUUAAGCCAAUCGAUGAUAUUCGACAACAUUAUCACAGUAAACACUUUCCCCCUGAUUUUAGUUUAAAGGAGUUGAAGAAAAACACUCAGCAGUAUGAAGGUACGUUUGAGCGUAAACUGGGCGACUUUAUGCUCAAAUUUGAUACGAUUGUACUGGAUGAGGAAGAACCGGAAGAGGAAGAUAGCUAUCCUGAGUUGACUGAUGAACAUCAGAGCGCAAUUAAGCGAUCACUGUAUGGUGGUCCCAGUUCCGAGGUAAUCAUCAGUAAAUUUAACAUUAGCAUUACCCGCAACGAUUUGGCUACACUGAUUGGCGACAACUGGCUCAACGACGAGGUCAUCAACUUCUAUAUGAACCUGUUGAUCGAACGAAGCGAACUGCGCGCUAAUGAAGACUUCCCGCGUGUGUACGCCAUGAACACAUUUUUCAUACCGAAACUACUCGCAUCCGGUCAUGCCGGCCUGAAACGAUGGACUAGAAAGGUUGAUAUUUUCACGUACGACAUAAUUCCGGUGCCGGUACAUGUAGGACGCGUACAUUGGUGUAUGGCAAUAAUUGAUCUGAAGAAUCAAUCCAUACGCUAUUACGAUUCAAUGGGCACACCGAACAAGCCAGUAUUGGAUGCGUUAGAGCAGUACCUUAAAGACGAAUCACUGGAUAAGCGAAAGAAACCGUUCAAUACCAGCGACUUCACGAAAGAGCACAUUCGCGAUUGUCCCCGGCAAAUGAACGGAAGCGAUUGUGGUGUGUUUAGCUGUAUGUUCGCAGAACACGAAUCUAGAAACCGUGAAAUCGGUUUCAGCCAGCAACAUAUGCCGUAUUUCCGACAGAAAAUGAUUUAUGAAAUUGCACAGGGACGUUUGCUUACAUAGAAUUAACGGAUCAACUGUGGAUUUGAGGAAUGGCUUUUCAUAUGCGGUGCUGCAACAUAUAUUUCUUACUCCUAUGUUCUGUUAACGAAAUAAAACGAAAGCAACCCGCAAAGUAAUUCAACUUAA